CUCAAUGUGACUCCGCCCACCACUUCUUGUUCUCUGGAAAAUUACUCACUCGUAUGUCGAGCAACAGUGGAUCGUCUCCUUAAUAGUGUCCGUCAACGUAUGAAGACAGGUCUGCAGUUUGAACAACACUUGACAUGCAAACGCCGUGUCUUGUCACGUGAGAGCAGGAAGCGACUUGCGCGUGCAGCUUCGCGGCGCACUGUGUGAGGAACAAGGAAGUGAUGGCCAGCUAACCUACUUUUUAACUGCUUUAACUUUAGCCUUCAUAGUCCACUUUUAAAGGAAAAGUCCUCUUCGAGAAGUGUUAUCUGGACCGCCCCAUGUGUAUUAGUGCGCCAGAGGAGACGAAGUGGAACCUUUUUAAUAUUUGAAUUGGAAACGAACUGAAGCUUGACCAUGGCCCAGUGGAGUCGCAUGAGCCAGCUGAUACAGUACCUUCCUGAUCACACCAUCAAUGACCUCUACCCCACAGCCACCUUCGCUAUUGAAGUGCGACACUUUUUGUCUGACUGGAUUGAGACACAAAGAUGGGAGGAGUUUGAACUGGAGAAUGCAGAGCAGGAGGCAAACGCUCGGGCUCUAGUAGACGAGAUCAUCAUCCUGCUGCAGUCGUAUUCGCAGCAUAACGCCAAUGUGGUGGACAAAAUGAAGUUGAUGCAGAUCAGCAGGAACAUGAGCAUGUUUCAGCAGCAGCCGCUACAGUUUGCAGUGAUGGUGAGAGACACUUUGCGCAAAGAGAGGGUUCUGCUCAGGCCUGCAAACCAGGUAGACGGCCCUCCACAGCAUCCUCAAUACGGCACCAGAGAAUGCCAAUUUCCGAAUAUGCAGGAUGUAGAUCACCUGGUUCUCAAAGUACUAGAAGUUCAGGACCUUCGACAGAAGAUACACCAUCUGCAGGAAGAGCUUAACUGGGAGAGGCAAAACUUUGAGUCUUUGCAAGGAACGAUGCAACAGAAUGGAAUGGAUCCCACAGCCUCAGAAAUCAACAGACUGCAGAAACACAUCCAGCAGCUGGAGUACAAUGUAAACACCAUGGCAACGAAACGUUUCCAGUUGCUCAUUGAGUGCGUGGACUGUCUGGACCAGUGUCAGGCACGACUCCUCAGCAGGCUGAAGGCUUGGAGGUGGGAGCAGUACAAGGCCACCAUUGGACAUCCUUUCGAUGGCAACCUGAGCAUCCUGCAGACGUGGUGUGAGCAGCUUCUUGGUCUGAAUGGCAAGCUGAGGCAAGAACUAAUGCUUAUAGUGGAACCAAUCCCAGAUCUACAAGAAAGACUCAGACAUCUUCUGCAGGUUGUUGUUCAAAGCUCUCUUGUGGUGGACCAGCAGCCCCCUCAAGUCAUUAAGACACAGUCCAAGUUCUCCACUACUGUACGCUAUCUGCUAGGGGAGAAGGUAGCACCGGGGAAGCCUGUGGUGUUGAGGGCACAAAUUAUUAAUGAACUGCAGGCCAGAAGCCCGAGUGUCACACUUAGUGAUAAUGUGGGGGAAGUGAUCAAUAACACAGCCAUCCUUGAACACAACACAGCCACCAAGAGCACAUGUGCCACAUUCAGAAAUAUGUCCAUCAAGAAGAUCAAGAGAGCAGACAGGAAGGGGUCAGAGUCUGUGACCGAGGAGAAAUUUGCCCUCCUCUUCUCAACGGAGAUCACCAUCACCGGCUGUGACACUCCUUACAAGAUACAGAUGAUCUCGUUGCCACUAGUCGUCAUUGUCCAUGGCAGUCAAGACAACAACGCACUGGCUACCAUCAUUUGGGACUGUGCUUUUUCCGAACCAGACAGAGUGCCAUUUGUGGUGCCGGAGCGUGUGCCUUGGAAGCUCAUGUGUAGCACGCUAAACAGUAAAUUCACCGCUGAGGUCCAGACACAUCACAACCUUCACCACUACAACCAGCACUUCUUGGCCCAGAAGAUAUUUGACAAGCCAGACUUCACCGGUGACUUCAGCAACAUGAUGGUUUCCUGGUCUCAGUUUAAUAAGGAAGUGCUCCCAGGUCGACUGUUCACUUUCUGGCAGUGGUUUGAGGGAGUGAUGGACCUAACCAAAAAACACUUGAAAACUUAUUGGAGUGAUGGGCUCAUAUUUGGUUUCAUUGGCAAGCAGCAUCUGCACCUGAUUCUCAAAUCCAGGCCCAACGGAACAUUCUUGCUUCGUUUUAGCGACUCUGAGAUUGGCGGCAUCACCAUCGCUUAUGUGUCUGCAGCUGACAAUGGUGGACAGAUCAUUCAAAACAUUCGGCCCUUCACCAAGAAGGAUCUUGAAAUCCGUAGCCUGGCUGACCACAUCAGAGACAUAAGUGACAUAGCCUUUCUGUACCCUGACUUUCCAAAACAUGACGUUUUCAAAAAGUACUAUUCAGAGCCCCAAACUUCAUCUGUUGGAGGCUACAUCCCUUUCUCAUUCCGUACUAAAGUGGGCAUGGAGGGUGGCUCAGUGACACCUGAUGUUGCCAAUAUGGCACAUCAGACCGAAAGUCACCACAAUGCUGCCAGAUAUCCACUGGAGUCUGGCUCAGUUGUACCCCAUGGUGCCGCUAUGGCUGCUGUGGCUGAAAGCCCCCACAACUCUGUUGGAUUCCCAAUGCAUCAGUACCAGCAGUUCAGCUCUCCAGCGUCUAUCACACAGGACCAAAUGGAGACCUCAGAGGCACCUGUUGUAGAAUUCAGUCCAAACCCUGCGUCUGUCUUCAAUGAUGAUGGGCAACAGAUCACAUGGACCUAGUCUUGGACAGUCUUCUGAGUUUUUCCUGAGGAGAGUGGACGACAUCACAUUGUUGUUUGGAGCACAUAAAGAAAACAUACCUGUCCAGCCUUUGUAGACUUUCUGCAGCCUUGUCUUCCUUUCAGACAGGUAAAUUGAUUUAAGGACUACAUGGAACAAAAAGACAAAAAGUAGUGGCACCACCCUUUUUAAAAAGAUUUCAUUUCAUUGUGAUUAAUUUUUUAGCGUAUACUUAAACUACACUUUUAUAACUGUACACAAAACACAAUAGCUUAUGGAAAUAUGGUAAAGAAAUGACCGUAAUUUUAAGAUGUUUCCUGAGGGAAAAAAAAUAAUAAUUCUCUACCUGUAGCAUGUGAAGCACAUCUUCAACACGCACACACACACAACAGUAUCCAUGUAAAUACUUGCUCAGUCAAUAUUAGCUGAUGUCGAUGUGUUUCAAGACAUAUAAAUGAUAUGUUAUGUUAAUGUAGCCAUGGUGAUUUUAUGUGAUGUUCACUUCAUAUCAAUCUGGCAUUUUUUUACUUAAAAUAUUUGCCAAUAACUUGCUGUGAGUUAUGCAGAGUGCAUGAGUUCGAGAGUCAUGUUUUAUUUUGGCCAAAUGAACAAGUGCAGUUAUAAAGUCUCAACUUUAGCAGCUUCUUAACGGAAUAUUUACCAACAAUGUUUGUCAUUUAGCACUUCUACCAAUAUUGUGUGUACAGAAAACAAGUAUAAAUGAGAAUUGAAAUAAACUAUCUUAACAUUUUACACUUGCAUGAUAUAAGCAGUUACCGGUACAGUAUUUUAGCUGUGAUGAGGUAAAUACAAUCUUUUUUUUGUUGUGAAUUUUGUUCAUAUACAUGUAUUAAAUGUUAAUUGUGUGAGGUGUCAGUAGAAGCCUGUGAUUUAGAAUUUCAAAUAUUUUCAACAGUUAGUGUAAAAGUAGACAAUAAACAGACAAGAAAAAAGAUGUCAAACAAGAAUUUUUACGCCAUUUUUUUGACAUAUAAAAAUAAAUCAAUGCCAUUUGAUUAGGAAGGCUGUCAAUUUAAUGACAGCAUAAUGGUGUGUCACCUACUUGGCAUCACUUUCAGCAGCCCAAGAGAACACAGUUGCAUCUACUAGUAAUAAAUGAUGAUUAUUCCUAUCCAUUCAGUUUCAAGAAUCCUCAAAUGUUGCUUAAAAAAAAGAAAACUUUACACUGUACAUCACAGAAAAACAUGUCACUAAAAUGUAAAAUCUAGUCAACCAACCACUUUACUCAGGGAAACCACACAGGAAAAAAAAAAGGUAAAGCAGAAGGAAGCUUAAAUGUCACAUUCUUAAUAAUGUAUUUGUGACUACUCCGACACCUCCCUCCUGAUGGGAGGAGUUGGGGUGAAAGGAGGAGGGAUGUAUGGGGAGAGAGGGGCUGUAGAGUAUCAUCUUCAAAGUUCUUAUGUGUGGAAAAGAAAGUCCUGACCCCUCUCUCUCUCUCUCUCUCGACUUGCACAAGGAAAUAAUUGCACUCCUAAAGAGCCACGUAGCUUUAAGUCAGCGCACACCUCAUGCGCUCAUAAGAGUCCUGACCGCCAUCAUGUUGAUGUCAGUUGAUUGCUUUAGAGGUUGGUCAGCGUUUACACAACACAAGGAAACCAACAGUGAUUGUCUUUUCUGGAUAGGGGAUAAUGCAAAAACUGGAUACAUUGUGGAGAAUUUUUGUUGAAAUAGGUGUACAUACCUCAGAAGGAAAUCCAAUGUCCAGUGAAAAGCACGUAUGGCCACAUUUUGUACAUUUUUUUUAAUCCUAAACACAUAAUUGACAUGCUUUUCAUUGGACACCAAUGGUAUGUGUGUUUCAUUAAAUAGGAUAGGCCUUAAUUAUUCAGAAAGGAAGAUUUCACAUGGAAUCUUUAACAGUCGCUGUCCCAUGAACACCAUAUCUCCACAUUUUGUGAGGUUUUUGAUUUUAUCCCAAAAACUUAAAAAUUAUUUUUUGUGUUUUGGAUAAAAAGCCAAAACUGAAAAUGUGGAUACAUGUUGUAUCAUCGGAGAGCAAUUGAUUUGUGAAAGUAGCUGUUGUUGCAACGCCCUUCUUGGAAAUCAGCUUGUAUGAUGUAUAUUUAUCUUCAGUUAGGAUGCAUUGAAGCAAUGAAAAGAAAACAAAAAAAGGAGAAAUUGAAAACAUGCACACAAGCAUACACAAAAAGAAACAACAAGCAUCCCCCGACACACCCUUUUUUUAAAAAAUUGAGAAUAAAAUGUGAUUAAUGAUAUGAUGAAGUACAAUACGUACAUGUCAAUAAGCGAUGAUUGCUGGAACAAAACUAAAGAAAGUAAAGGGCAAAAUCAUGCCGGCUCAAAAUGGAAAAAAGCAUGCUGAAGUCUCUACAGUAGCUUCACUCCUAGCAGACUAGAAAGAAGAAAAAGAAAUAGAAAGAAAGAUGAAGGGAUAUCUUCAUCUUUGUCCUGCAGUCCAACAAGGGGGAGGAGGAGGCCUAGACUAUACAUGCUGUGAAUCAGCAGGCCUGGUUCUGGUGUUGUGAUAUGGGAUGGAGGAGUGAGGGUUUAGCCGACGGGAAUGGAGGCCAAAAAAACGGCAAUUCUUCUGUGGGCUUAUAGGGCCUGUGUCUUGAGCUCAAUGGGUUCUCCUCUGGUCUCCUGCUGGCCCUCGGCCUCCGGGGGCCUGGUCCCCUUCAGUGUGGCCAGCCUCUCUGAGAGGCCGCGCAUACGGGGGAAGAGCAUGAAGUCAUAGAGCAGAGCACCGAUAGCCCCACCAAUCAUAGGCCCCACCCAGUACACCUGCAAGGAAACGACAACACAAGUUCAAUGAUGUCAUGAUGUUGUGCUCGCAGUCAAGACGUGGACACAAGUAUUGGGACACCUGGCAAGCGUGUCUGUAGGGAUUGUCCAUUUAUGAAGUUAGAGGUCACAGAUGUUAGACAUAGAAGAAGACCGACACUGACUCACCAUCCCACUUGUUUCAUCAAGUUCUUCCAUACCAAACUCAACCAAGCUUGCCAUUUCUAUUUAUACUGUAGGACUUGCUUUCAUGCCAUGCUGGAACAUAAACUUUUCUUCAAAGUUUGAAGAAUGCAAUUGUAAAAAACUGUAUAUAUGAAUAACUGGGGGAACCAGGGGAUGAGUGAGUCCAAGCCAGGCUUUCAGGGUUUGGGUUUUUGUUUUUUUUCCCCCAAAGUGUUGGACAGUGAUCCGAAAAGCAAAAUGAUCUACCAACAAAACAAGAACAAUUGACUAAAUACUAAAAGAAAAAUCAUUUUGACAAGCCAUUAUAUAUUUAGAUAUUUUAAGAAGCAUUUUAUAAAAAAUAAAUAUUUCUGACCUUGAUUUCAUAUAUCACAUAUGUUGAGGUUUUACAUUUUGGAGUAUGCACACAGGCUCCUUUUAGUAAUAAUACUAAUGGAUCACAUGUAUACUGUGUAGCAUAGUGGCUUUUCUGGAGCCUAUUUUCUCGACUUUUUUUGCUCUAUGACCACACUCUAGAAAUUGAUAAACACAUCACAUUAAUUUUAAGAUUUUUCCAAGCUGCUGUGCCUCCUUUGGCGCCCCACAGUGGAGGUGCACUUCACAUUUUGAAAACCACUGGAUUAUACUGGGUGUCCCAAACAAUUUGACAUUUUUUUUAUUGCUCAAAUUUGUGUAAAAACGAACACUGUUUAAUGUUUUACAAUAAAAAUAUUGAUGGCCUGGAGAAUGUUAUGCAAAACAUGUGACAGCAUGUUUGGCAUGAGCUUGACUUGACCUGCUGUGACAUGUCACAGGUGGUGCACAUAUUGAACAUUUAUUAAGCUGAAAUAGGUUUUAAAAUCUAUAUUCGUUUAUCCGCUUUUUCAGCAUGCCGAAUGCAAGGGUGUGCAAACUUUUCCCACUGAGGGCCACAUGCUAAAAAUUGAAAGGAUGCAGAGGUCACUUUAAUAUUUUACAUUUACAACUAAACUAAUAUUUAACCCAAAAAAAGCCUGGAUCUCAGCUUUGUGAUUAUAGGUGGAAAGUGUAUUAUUAUAAACACUUUUUGCUCUUUUUUUUUAAUAUUAUUUCCGAAUAUUUAAACUUUUUUCUCACAAUAUUAUAUUUUUUUGCCAACCUAAUAAAAAAAAUGUUGAACUAUUAUUUUUGUUUGUUAUUCAUGACGACUUUUAAAAAAUAACAUUUUUUUCUUACAUAUUUCAACUCUAUGCUUCUAAAAUUGCAUCAUUUUUCCUCAUAUUAAGACAUUAUUAUUGUAAAAGUAUGAUAUUUUUUCUCCUAAGUCGACAACUUUUUUCUCUUGAUAUUGAUACAAUACUCUUGAUAUUGAUACAAAUGAUGUCAACUGAUUUUGACACUUAAAAGUCAAUUAAGAGGUGUGUUCCAAAACCUUUGACCAUCUAGUGUCCAUAUGCAGUGUAUAUGUGAUAUUCUUACCCAAUGGUUGACAAAAUUCCUGAUCAGCACAGCGGGGGCGAAGGACCUUGCUGGGUUCAUUCCUGCUCCGGUGUAGUAAAUCUAAGUGAAAGACACAGGAGGUUAGGGCUAACAGGAACAAGCUAUUAAACGUGCACAAUGGUAAACAGGAAGUAGUCCCACCCCGAGAAGAUGUCCCAUCAGCACUGAGAAACCGAUGGCCAGGGCGGCGGAUCCCAGGCGUCCAUUGCGCCUCUCAUCUGUCACAGCGAAGAUGCAGACAACAAGCUGCAGGGUGAGGAAGACCUCCAUGGUGGUGGCCAUACCCAGACUGAUGCCUGGCUGCAGCUACAAGACAAUAGAGCAGGCAAGAUUACGUUUGGUGUAAACAGUCCAUGUAAAUAAGUCACAGAACUACUUUAAUGUGCACAAUAGGACCGGGAGCCAAAAAUGUAGCCCCACGUGGUCUUACCGUGUUGAGGGCCAGGUUACCCCUCAUGUUGCUAGGUGUGACUCCAUAGAGCACAGCAGCACCAGCCAGGGCUCCAAGACACUGGGCCACAAUGUAGAAGAUGGCACGAAACAGGGACAUCUGGGAGCCAAUGAGGAAGGCGAAGGUCACAGCAGGGUUGAUGUGUCCUCCGCUGAUAUGGCCGAUGGACUGGAUGAGCGUGGCGGCUGCCAGCCCAAAGCAAAAGGCCACGUGCAGAACAUUAUGGGGCCCCGUGGUCCAGCGGAGAGCGGCCCCCAGACCAAAGAAGACGAAAAACAUGGUGCCGUAGAACUCGGCAAACACCGCCCGCCAGAAAGACAUGGACCGGAACUCCCACAUGGUGGUUGUAAGUUACUAAAAAAAAAAAACUAAACAAA